AUGAAGCUGGCCACGUUCGCUUUACUGGUGCUCCUGCUUGGCAUAGGUGCCAUGCCCAACGGACACUGGGAACAUCAAGGAUCCUCUCGUUGUGUGCCCAUACCAGCCAAUAUGGCCUUGUGCCAAGGUCUGGGCUACAGCAGCAUGCGGAUGCCCAACUUGCUGGGACACGAAUCUCCAGCUGAAGCGGUGCAGCAGAGUACCAGCUGGCUGCCACUCCUCGCCCGAGAGUGCCACCCGCACGCCCGCAUCUUCCUCUGCUCACUCUUCGCUCCUGUGUGUCUCGAGAGGAUCAUUUCACCAUGUAGGAGUUUGUGUGUUUCGGUUCGGGACAGCUGUGCCCCCAUCAUGAACUGCUAUGGUUACCCUUGGCCGAGAAUACUACAAUGUGACCAGUUUCCCAAAGAUCACCUAAUGUGCAUCUCCUCGGUUGCCAAUCUGCAAAACGGCACCAACAAUGAAGGACGAGUGGUGCCGCGUGCUAGUUGCACAGACUGUGAAUUAGAAGAAGCCACGUCAUCCAAAGAACUGCUCGACCUCUUCUGUAAAAGUGACUUUGUGGUUAAAGUGCGUCUAACUAAACUGAACUCCAGCAGUUCCGUUCUGACCAUGUUCUCUUUGGGGUCUCGGCUGGAGGUCUUAAAACACGGCCCGCUGCUGGGAGGAGAAAUGAGGAGCCGUUUGACACUGUGGCUGGAGCGAGACGCCACCUGUGUGGGCAACCUGACCCGCAACCACCCAGAUGGAGGAACCUUCCUGUUGACAGGCACUGUGACAGGCAAGAGGCUGCUGGUCAAUAAAGCUUUUAGCUGGGGAAAACGACAGCGCCACCUCAACCAAGCAGCACGCAAGUGGAAAAGCCAUCGGUGUAGAGGGUAG